ACAUCAGUGCGAAGACAUGGCAGCCCAGACCAGUGUCAACUCCGACGCUACCGCGACCUCGGAACUCCAAUCCUCUCUCCGUGAGCUCGCUCUCAACACCAACAGUCCUGUGAAAGACAUUGCGCGCCCGUCAUUACUCCCUCACUCCGCCCUCAAGAAGAAGAAAGCUGCCCCCGUGGCAGAUUCCUGGGAAGAUGAGGUAGAUGAGAGCACCUCCGAGCCCGACGAGCCGGACAACAACCCCGUGCUGUCGCCGUCAAUCCGCGCCUCCGAAGGCCCUCUCGACCCUCCCCCUACCCCGCUCUCUCCGCAAACAACCUUAAACCAGCCAUGGCCCUCCUACGGCAACGCCGGCUCCAUGCCCCGAUCAUCAGACUCCAAGUCUCCAGUGUCGGGCCGACGGCCCGAGAAGCAGACGGCGGUAGCGAACCGAAUGAUUGCAGGCGCGCUGGGUAUUCGAGCCCCGAAGCGCACGGAAGAGCAGCGGGCAUACGAUCGAGCGGUGAAAGAGCAGGAGAUCAAGCGGAGAAACAAAGAGCGCGAGGAAGCCGCCAAGGCGAAGGAGGAAGAGGAACGGGCGAAGGCGGCUGUAUGGGAUGCAUGAUUGCUUUCAAGACUUGGACUCUGUUAGUAUAAGGCGUUUACAUUUGAUGUAUUUUGAUAACACACUUACUACGCUAAUCG